AUGUUUUCCAAUAAAUCUCAAGCGUUUCCGAUUCGUGAGCAACAAUGCAAACCUAGGAAAAUGCAAGUGCGAGGUCACAUAAUGAGAACAUCAAAAGAUGAUUGUUCGAAAUUCACAAAGUACAACUUUUUGCAAUCCCACUUUGAAUAUGAUUUCAGCAGUGAGAUGUCAAGGCGAAUUGCCCAUGAGUUUAUCAAGAAAAUGAAAUCGAAAAGGAAAGUGUAUAGAGAAGUUCCAACAUUCGCAGAUACUGUUAGAAAUGAAGUGUUGUAUUUACAUGAAUACAAUUUAACUGUUUUCAAGGUUACCCAACUGUAUCCAUUUUCUGAAGAAUAUACACAAUUCCUCAUGCAAUACGUCCUUUUGGAAUGUAAAAUUUUGUAUAGGAGAGAAUAUUAUUCAAAAAAUAGGGAAAAACAAACACAAGAAAGAGUGCUUCGAGUUUUGCUCAAUAUUUAUAAUGAUUAUUUUGAGAGUAAGCAGCUAAAGAGGAGAGAAAUUACAGAGAGAUCAAUGAAAUCCAUUAUUGAGAUCUUUGUUAAAAUCAGAACUCAUUAUAAUUUAAAAUAUAUCAUAUUAGAAAAUAUGACAGUAACAUUACUUAAGAAAAAUGGUCAUUUCGAAAAAAUAGAUGCGCUCAGGGAUAAACCACUACCAUUUUUGAUGGAUAGUAACUUUUCUCCGGACCCAUCACUUUGUAUUUACAAAAAUGCUUCUACUAGUGAUUAUGGAACAGAUGAUGGAUUAUCUAACGCCCCACAAAUAUUGAACAUUGACAAUUGUUAUGAACUAUCACCAACGAUGGAAGAAGACGUUGAUGAAAUAAAAAAUGAAUAUGAACCUAUACUGGGUAGCCAAGAAAAAAAUGUUAAUAAAAAUACGAAAUUCGUUUACACGAUAUGUUUAGACGAAAGUGGAUUAGACAGUGACGAAGAAAUCGUUUUCUACACUAAAGAAAUUGAAACCAAGAAAAAAGAAAGAAUUAAAAAUUGUACUGCAAUGAAAACCAAUACAACUUUGCACCAAAAACUACAUACCUCAAAAAAUUAUCAAUUACAUUGUAAGUCUGGAGAUAGUAUAAAAUCAAUAAUUGAACAAAAUAGUGCAAGCGGUAUAAAUGACAAUGAUGAUUUGUUACAACAAAUUGAUAAUAUUUUAACUGAAUAUAAUUAUGUUGAAGACAAAAAACCAAUCGUGAUUUCAGAAGAAAUUAUUGAGAUUAGUGAUGACACGACCUCAAGUGAACUGCCUACAUAUGAAACCAUAAAAGAUAGCGAAGAAUUCACACACCUUACUGGGUCGAAUUCUUCUAGACAAGAUGAAAAUCAUAUGGAAAUUGUAGAUUUAGAUGAUGUAAUUGAAUUAUCGGCAAAUAGACCAAAAGAGCAUGACAAAGUAACUGAAUUACCAACAGAUAAAUUUGUAGAGGAAAGUACAGAAUUCGAUCGUAAGAUUUUACAAAAUUCGUCGCAUCAAACUGAAGUUUCUAUGGAAAUCAUAGAUCUAGAUGAAGAAAUCGAAGUAUCAACAAAUAAAUCUUCAAGUCCAUAUGAAAUAACUGAAUCAAUUAAUAGAUCUUUAGAAGAAAAUGAAGAUUUCUCAAAUACAAUUGUAACGAGCUCUUUACAACAAAUUGAAAGUAAUAAUAGAAUUUCGAAUAUAACCGAGGCCACCUGUAUUGAGAAUAAUACACAGCUCCCAAAAAUUGAAUGUAAUGAAUCUGAAAUAACAUUUCAAAGUUCUGUUGUCAAUAUUGAUUCUAGAGAAACAACAGAAAAAGAUAUAAAUUUGCCAGAUAGUCAAUGCUCUGAUUCUGGUUUUCUUUUAUCUUCUGAUAAUGAAGAUAUUUCACCUAAUAAAUUCCUUGAUGAAGAAGUAUCUUCGGAGAUUACCAAUAAAGUGAAAUAUAAAGAAAUAUGCCCUAGAGAAUUAACGAUAAAUCUCUACCAAUGUACUUUAUCUGAUUUCAAUCAUUUUUUUAUUGAAGGAAAGAGCGCAAAAAAGAAAUGUGCUCUUAAAAUUGAAGAAAAAAUACCUUUUGAAGAAAAUACCAUAGCUCAAUCAAAUAUAGUCCAGUCCACAGAAGUUGAUAUUGAUAUCUAUGGGAAACAGAAAUAUGCUAAUCAAAAUCUUCAAGGUGGAGAUAAUUAUAAUACUUCGAUCCAUCCUGAAAAUUUAACAGUUGACCUUAAUAUUGGUGAUAACAAUAUAAAUGGGAACUGUAAAACAAAAGUAAAAAAUAAAAGAAGAAAUUCUUUGCGAACUAUCACUGAUUCUGAAGAGAAAUUGGAGUCACAAAAAGAUACAGACAAUAAUACCUCUGACAAAUUCCAGGAAUCAAUAACCAAUGAUCCAGAUUCAUGUCAUAUUGAAGAAAUUUCUUCGACCAAACCACAGCCUUCACGAAUAUAUUCAUUACAAUCAUAUCAGGAGUUUGUAGAAAGCCAUAUUUUAGAAAAUAAUGAAGAAAUGGAAUUUGAAAUUGAAAAUCACAACACACUCGUUAAUCCAGAAAAUCAGAAAGAAUUUUUAGAACUUGUCGAUAAUCGGCAAGAUACCAUUAACCAGAUUCAUCCAGAAACAUUGGAUAUUAAUACAUUAAAUAUUCAAGAAGAUCUUCAAAUGGAUGAUAAUGCUAAAAUACAAAAGAUAAAUACCGAGGAAAUUGAUAAUAUCUCAUAUACAAAAGAUUUAAAUGUGUCUAGUGAAGAAGGAAAUAAGUCAAUAUCCAAUAAAGGAAUGGAAACAGUACAUGAGCUUAUAGAAUUUGAAAAUAAAAGAACCAAAAAUGAAAAACUUAUUAAAAGAACUGUUAAUAAUGAGCAAUUGAAUAUAGAAGUUACAUCUCCUGUAAACGAACAACAAAUAAUUAACUUAGAAGUUGAAAAUUUUAAAGAAACUCUUAGAGAAGAAGAAGUGGUACAAGUUGAAGAUCUUGAAGUUACAGUUGAUAACCAAACAAAAAAUGAAAAAACUAUUAUUAAUACCGAUCCGGAAGUUGAAAGGGGUAAAGCUACACACAAAAAAGAAAAUGAAUAUGAAGAAGUUUCAAUUAAUACAACUAUUGGAAUAAUAGGAGCUAUAAAAAGACUUACAGAAGCUGUUGAAUGUCUCGUUGAAAAUAAUCAAGUUGAAAAUAUUACAACUGGUAUCCAAAUAGAGAAUGAAAAAACUAUUGUUAAUAACAGUAAGGAAGUUGAAGAUAAAGGAGCUACAUUUGAAAAUGUAAAGGAAUGUGAAGACGUUUCUAUUGUAGAAACUAAUGAGCAAAUUGGAAAUGAUGCUGCAAGUUAUAAAGAAAUUCCUGAAAGUUUCCAUAUGGAUGAUGUCGAAGUAUCUCAAACUGUAGAUAUUGAAUGUGAAGAAAUUACAACUGUUAACCAAAGAGAAAAUGAAAUUAUUAAUAUCAACGGGGAAAUUGAUAAAGAAGUGAUUACGUAUGAAAAAGAAAAGGAUAAUGAAGAAGUUUCAUCUAAUGGAAAAAUAGAAACUGUUAUAGGAAGUGAUACAGAAUUUCCAGAAAGUUUUUCAAUUGAAAAUGAAGAUAAAUCUCAAAUGGUACAUACUGUUGCUUCUAAAAAAGAACACAUCAAUGAAAAUAUAUCCGGUAUAAAUAAAAGUAAUGAAAAUAAAGAACAAAUUACCAAUACUAAGGUAGAAGUUUUUCUUCAAGGCAAUUGCACUAAAGAGGAAGAUAUAGCCUGCAUGGAAGAAACUGAUAAAAAUGAUACUAUAACGAUAAUCACAAAAGUUAAUGAAAAAAUUUCUCCAACUGAGGAUUAUAAAGCUAUGGAUCAAGAAGAAACAUUUUUAUCACCAAAUGAAACUAUACAAACAGUGCGUUCUAUGACUGAAACUAAAAUUGACACAAAACUUACCAACAAUGACGAAGAACUAUCUCGAGAAGUACAUGCGGAAAAAAGGGAAGUAGAAAGAGAAUCUUCAGUAACAGAAAUACAAGAACAGUUGCAAGAAACUAUGAUCAAUGAAAAAAUACUCCAAAGCGAACAAGUUGAAGUUUCAAGUGAAAUCGAGAGAGUAAAUAUUUCAAACGCUGAAGAAAUAAUAGAAAUUGUUACCAAAGAAAAUGAUGAAGUUUUACCCAAAGUUAGAGUUGAAGAUGAACUAAAGAGGGAAGAACAAGAAUCCCUGGUAAUAGAAGUACGAGAACAAUCAGGAAUAAAAAUGUCCGUUGAAAAAGUUUUUCAAAUUGAAGCUAGAUCCUCAGAUAUUUUGAACACUGAAGAAAUUAAAGAUGCAGACCAACAAAAAACUUUUGACAAUACACAAGCAGAUACUUCAACAAUACUAAAAUCAGAUAAUGAGAAAAAUGAUAUAUAUGAUCAUUUUAUAACAGAAAAAACUUUAGAUAAUUCACAAACUCAAGAUAGUGAAAUUGGAAAAGAUUCAAUUGAAGAUGAUACAUAUGAAAAUAAAGAUUUUUCUGAAAUGUGUUCUAUUGAAAAUGAAUGUGUGGCUAUAGUUGAUAAAAAAAUAACUGUUGCUGAUGGAGAGGAUACAUCUAUAAUAGGAGAAGUACCAUGUGAUAAGAAGCAGAAAGAAAAUAAUGAAACUAUUGACUGUGAUCAAGGUAUGCAUGAAACUAGUUGUAAUAAAGAAAUUAAUCAAAAUGAAGAAAAAACACCAUCAGAGGAAAUUAAUCUUAACAUUAAAAUACAGGAAGAAUUAUCACUUGAUCACAAAACAUUGGGAGAAGACAAUGAAAAUGGUGGAACUGUAUUCAUUGCAGUUGAAAAUGUUGAUAAACUAAAUGAAACUUCUUGUAGCAGUAAUGACUUGGUAAUUCAUAACAAAGAAAUUUCUAUUGCUAGAGAAAUUGAAAAUAAUCAAUCUAUAAUUGACAAGGAACAAAAAGUUCCUGAAAACGAAACUUCAUUGAAAAACUAUGAUGUAGUAGAGCCUGUUGUGCAAACAGCAGAUCGUGUAGAGGAUAGAAAGGAAAUAAUACAGGAAGAGACUAAAACAAAUCUGUUGGAACCUGGAAUAAUUAGCAGCAUAAUAAUUAAUAAGGGACUCCUUUUAAAUGAAUUGGACAAAAAAGAAUCUGCUAGUGUAAAUGAAAGUUUUUCAUUAAGUAAUUUUAAAGGUGAAAAUAAGGAAAUUGGAGAUGUCUCUAAGAAAAUAUUUGAUAAAUCCGAUUUGUCGCAUUCGGAUUGGAAUAUGUACAAAGAAAAAAAUUUGAAUGAAGAACAUUUCAUAGAUCUGCAUCGUUUAGCCACAGUAGCAGUCGAAAUAAAACAGAAAUCCGAAACUCCCAAAAGUAGAAAAAAAUCCAAAGGAGAUGUCAAAAAUGCAAAGACAAAAACUGAAUCGAUCCCUAAAAAAAAUAAGAGUGCUAAGGGUAGAUUGAAGAAACUGGAUUUAAUGGAAACAGCGGACAAAGUUGAUGAUGAAAAACGAAUAACACGAAGCGCUUAUAGAAAAAAUAUAUAUGAAAAUGUUAUGAAACCACAAGAAUUUAAAAAUACACUCCCCAUUAAUAAUGUAAAAAUCCAUCAAUUGCCCGAUUCUCUAACUAAUAAAGAUAUCACGGAUAGCGACAGUAACGACAGUGAAUUCAACAAAUUAUUUAUUGACGAUAAAAAAGUGGAAGACAGCGAAGAUAAAAUUUAUAACGAAGAUACAGAUGAAGAAAACCAUGUAUUUAAUUAUAAACCCCGACUUCUUUGGAAAGAUAAUAAGGGGAUUAUUAAAAGAAACGCUAGAAAUAAAAAACCCAAAACAAAAGCGCAGAUUAAAUCUUAUGACAAUAAUUUGAAUCCUUACGUCAGUAUUAUGAGAUUGGAAGAAAAGAAUAAACAAAAAGAUGCAGGUGUCGAUAAAGAUUCUAAUUCUCCUGGUAAUGAAUACUCUAAUGUAGAAGAUGAAAUUAAACAAGAAAUCUUGAAAAAAAAUACAUUACAUGAUGAUGAUGUAAAUUAUCCCAUUUAUAUACCUCCCAAAUUGCGAUAUAAACUGUCAUGUAAAAACACAGUCAAAUUUACCGCAGAAAAAUUAGAACAACGAUUAAAAAAUGAAGGAUCAGAUUUAAAGGAAAUUCAGAAAAUUGAACAAAGUGUUGAUGGUGAGUUGGUUAACGAACACGUGGAGACCACUGUAAAAGACAUUGAAAAAAUAGACAAAAUAACUGAUGAAAUACCUGUAUGUAAGAAAAUAAAAAUUUUAUCAAAUGUUAUAAUUUCACCAAGAAGAGACACACCCAAUCACAUAAAAAUAUUUGAGGAACAAGCUUCGUCAGAUAUAAAUAAAUCCAUGCAAGAUGCAAGUUCCACUAUUAUAAAUGAAGGUGGAUGCAAAGAAAUUUUCAAUAACAUCAAAGAUGAUAUUGGUAAUACGUCAAAUGAUGUAACUAUGCUUGAAGGUAAAAUCUUAGAAACUGCAAAGCAAACAAGCAAAGACACUAUUAAAAAGAAAAAUAAAGAAAUGAUCCAACUCGAUGAUAGAAUUAAAGACACUCCAAAGAAAAAUAGAGGAAUCAAAAAGGAUACUAAAGAUGCACCAUGUACCAAAGAAAACGAUUCUCUGAAAAAACAGAAUAUCAAAAGGAUAAUUAAAUUUGAAGAAGAAAACAUAAAUAUAAAAAAAGUUAAAACCAAUCUUCAUAAAAAGGAAUUUAAUAAAGAGAUCAACAAGAAAGUAGAAUUAACUCCAAUAGACAGAAUUCUACGAAAAAGGACCACUAGAGCUGUUAGUACAAAUAAUAGAGUAGAUUCAACAAUUACUGAAGAUUCACAGGAAAACACAUCUUUGAAUAAUAUAGUGAGCAAAGAAACGGACACACAUAUAAAAUCAAAGAAAGACACGGAUCUUAUUGAAGUUAAAAAUAAAGAAAUUAUAAGUAAAAGCACUCCUGAUUCUACAUCAAACACAAAAGAAAAUAAAGACAAAGCGGAAAUCGAUGCACCUCUUCCCUUUUUGUUUGUUCGGAAAGAAAUAGAUGACAUUGUACAAAAAUAUAUCAAAAAUAGAAAUAGCAGAUCUACUCGUAGAAAUAGUUACCCCGAAACGGAUCUUGACAAAAAAUUAAGAAAACCCGUGAUGGAUUCUACCAUAAAAACAUUGAGAACCUCUAAAAACUCUAUUUCAAAAUCAUAUAUUGGAGAAUCAGAGAUAUCAACUGGAUCGACUAUGACAAAAUCGAGGUCUAAAUCUAUGUCAAUAGCCGAAUGUCAAAAAUUGGUAACUGAGAGUGAUUUCGAGAAGAAAACCGAUGAAACAGAAGUCAAAAUACGUAAAAGUGGUUCUAGUUCUAAAUUAAAAGUUAAUACAAUUGAAAACAAACGAAUUUUAAGAAGGAAAAUAAGUAGUAGGGAAUUGGAAUUACCUCCAAAAGUGAACAAAGCAUCUAAAGUGAAGAAAUCUAUUAAUAUUAUAGAAGGAAGUGAAGAUAAAAAAUCCAAUGUCCCAAAUACUUCAGAAGAAAUUAACCACACAGAGGUUCCUUGUACUGUAGAAGAUUCCUUAAUAAAUGAAAUCGUAGAGAAAUGUAAACCAAGUACUCAUGUUGUGGAAGAAAGUACAGUAAAAGAGAAGAUAUUCACAAAUAAUGACCAUCUUUCUGAAGAUUUAGAUAUUGAAAUAACUACUAGAAAAAUUAAUGAUCCAUGUACAGAUAUAGUAAAAAAUAUAGAUAAAAUCGAAAAUAUCAUGAAUAGUAACAAUAUUUCUGAAGAGUCCACUAAUGUUGCUCCGGAAUGUUUGAAAAUCGAAACUGUAACCCAAAAGUCAAGUCAGACCUCUAUAGAAAAUAUGCAGAAAAGUGGAGAUCAUAAAACGGAUCUCAGCUUAAUUCCCGGAGAAGUUAAACACAGCGAGGAUUGUUAUAAUGAAAACAAAGAACAUUUACAAAAUGUUCCACCCAAAGAAUCUACCGUUAUACAUAUACCAAUUGAUACUGGCAUGAUGGAUGAACGAGUAUGUCAAGAAACAAAAGUAGAAAAUGAAGAAGCAUCUGAUGUUCAACAAAAUUUACAAAAAGAAUUUGGAAAAGAACUACUUAAUGAUGAUCAGGAUAUUUAUAGCACCAAUAAAUCAACUGAUGAUAUGCCCAAAUCUGUAACAGAAGAAGCCAUCAAAUUUUGUACAGAAACCAAUAAUAUUGAAUCAACAGUUGUACCUUUGAAACGAACAGACGAGAUUAAACAGAUCGAUAUUAAAGACAAUAACUUGAUUGAAAAAACAAAAAAUUUAUUAAUGGAAAUGGAAAAUAUACCUAUCAAGAAAUUCUAUGGUUCAAUCGCUCAAAAUAACUUGAAGAAACACGAUAUGGUCGAAGAAGAAAUUAAUAAAUCCCGUGGAGAACUGUCUGAUAUGAAAUACAGUAAAAAAGAGGAAAUUAAGAAAGCUGGAAAUAAAGUAAAAAGGAAAAGUUUGAGACUUAGAAAUAAGAAAAAGUCCUUAUUAGAUGUCUCAAAGAAGGAGUCGAACUUAUUUUCAUUUUAUAAAACCAAAAAUGGUACACAAUUACCUUUUAGUCUUCAAAAUAAAAAUAAUGAAAAGAUUGUAACAGUUAAUAAUGAUGAGUCAAUUGAUGCUCUACCAUUUUCACAAGAAAAUCAGAGCAAAACAAAUACUAUUGAUCGAGAAGAUGGAAAUAAAGAAAUUGAGAAUAAAGCAAUAGUAGAAUCGCAUAAAUCUGAAGAUGCAUGUCAAGAGAGUAAUAUAAGUUCUGGAAUUGGAAAUGAGAUUGUAGAGUUGCAUAAAUAUGGUAUCAUAGAUAAAGAUUUUAAUACUAUAGAUAAAGAUGAUGAUGAUUCUGGAAUUGAGAAUAGAAAAACGGCUUUGGAAAUUACAGAGCUGCAUAAAUUUGGUGCUACACAAGAAGAGAGCGAAAUAAAUUCUGAAAUUGGAAAUGAAAAAACAGCUAUGGAUUCUAUAGUGAUGCCUAGUUCUAAAAUUAUACAUCAAGAUUGUAACAUAAAUACUAUUAUAGACCAAGAAAGUGCCAAUUCUGGAAUCGGUGACGAAGAAACUGUUCUUGAAACUGGAGUUGUAAAUGAAGAAAAGGUUCUUGGUACCGCAAUGUCUCCUAAACCCGAUAAGGUACAUCAAGAUUGUAAUAUAAAUACAAUAGAGCAAGAAGGUACCAAUUCUGAAAUUGAAAAAGAAGAAAUGGUUCUUGGGUGUGCAGAAUACCUUAAAUCUGACGUUAUACAUCAUGAGAGUGAUAUACAUUCUGGAAUUGUAUAUGAAGAAACGGUUCUUGAGAAUAUAAAGUCCCCUAGAUCUGAAAUUAUAUAUCAAGAUUGUGAUACAACGACUAUAGAUCGCGAAGAUCCCAAUUCUAGAUUUAAAGAUGAAGAAAUGGUUCUUGAGAGAACAGAUGCUCAAAAAUCUGGUGUUACACAUCAAGAUAUAAACAUUGGAAAUGAAGAAAUGGUUCUUGAUACUAUAAUAACGCCUAGAACUGAAAACAUACAACAAGAUUGUAAUAUAAAUACUAUUAUUGAUCAAGAAGGUACCAAUUCUGGAAUUGAUGACAAAGAAAUGGUUCUCGAAACUAUAGAUAGUGUUCUUGAUACUACAAUCUCGUCUAGAUCCGAGAAUAUUCUUCAAGAUUGUAAUAUAAAUACAGUAGAUCAAGAAGGUUCCAAUUCUGGAAUUGAUGAUAAAGAAAUGGUUUUUGAAACUAUAGAUUUACAUAAAUCUGAUUUUACACAUGAAGAGACUAAUAUGAAUUCUGGAAUUGUUAAUGAAGAAAAUAUCAAGUAG